CAACAUCAAUCCUUCUCUAAUGGGAAUAAGAACCUUUCUGACGAUAAUUGACGAUUGCCCAAAAAUUGUGGACGAGACGAAGCAUUUUUGACCCGAAUAGUUUCCUGAUAAAUUCAAGAUGACAAGAGUUUACGACAAUAACGACAUUCGUGGAACUUGGUUCCCUUCAGGUUUCCAUGGGCAUUUUCGAAGCAAGUCGCGAUCAGAGUUUACGAUUCCUUAUCGCCACAGAGCGAAGCCAUGUCCUCCGCAAAAAUUUCUUAAUUAUGCGACGGAAAGAUCCAAUAGACACCUGUUCUCGAGACACGACAACAGACAUGCUCACAGCGAUAUGGGAGAUCUUGAAACCUAUUUUGGAAUGGGAAUGGGCAAACGGAAGUAUGUCCAGCCAGGUCAAACCCAACACACAAAGAGCACUCGAGACUUGCUAACAUGGCGAGGAAAUGAACCAAGUGACGUGACUUCAACUUACCGUUCACAGUAUUUAACUUCUCGGCCAUCUUCGUGCAGUUUUAACGAAUCCGAACCAAUCCACGUGAGGUCAAAUCUAGAGCUUAGACGAAGACAUGUUCGGGCAUCUUCGGCACCUCCAUCACAGCGCCGGACAGCUCCGUUACUCGCUUGGAAUGAACCGGACGAAUCACAUCACGGAAAACCCGGUGUUGGUGUUCGGCAGACCAUACGAAAUCAAGGCGGGUUUGCUUCCGAAACUCCCUUCGCACACACGGCACCUGCCGCCCAAGUGCACUCGCCGAGUUCCGGCCAAAGUUUCACAGUAUCAGAAACUAUCGUUCCUCUAAAUACCACGUGACUUCAAAGCAUUCAAUGCUAAAAACGCUACUUCAUUAUAUUUUGAAUCGUUUGAUGUCACGUGCAAAAUUACCUUUACUGCAAAGAAAGCCGCAAAUUAUUAGCAUGUUAAUGUAAUACUUAAAUGGAAGGAAGAAACGAAAUUGGAGAAAAUAUGUGGAAGGAUGACAAAGAUUUACACGGACUAAAUUGUCCGACUUGAAAAAAGUUACGGCUCGAUUUUUCGACGUAGUCGCCACAGGCCAGGGAAAGGUAAAGGAAGAAUGAAUUUCUUCAAGAUCAAGAAAAAGUCAAGGAAAAUUUACCUCUUUGAAAGAAGUCAGGGAAAAGUAAAACAUUUAUGUACACUGUAGGUGACUUACUGAAAGCAUAAAUGUAAUUAUGAGUGGAAAGGAUGACUAAAGAGGAAAGUUUUUCGGUAAAAGUCAGGGAAUUUCAAAAACCUAUGGCUGUGGCAACCAAUUUUGAGAUGCAUCACACCAAACUAGGUGAUAUAAUGUGACACCGACACUACCAGAAUGAGAGAUACAAAACCAAUUAACCUUUGUUUUCUUUAAGCAAUUUGAGGAAAUGCUGCAAAAAGCGCAAAAGUGCAAGCCAACAGUUACAGCUUACCAUCAAUAGUUUUCCUCUUUGACAGAUCAUUUAUUUUAAACUAAAUCAGUGAUAUGGGGGGUGAGAGUAAAGAGAAUUUAGAGACUUUAUUAUGGGUGUGAAUUUGCAGAAAAUCAUUGUAAUAAAAAGAAUAUUAAAGAUGCGGGAAAGAA